UACUAUUUUGACAUAAUUUAGCGUUUUAUUGUAAAAUAUACGCAGGUUUAUGAUAAAUUCGAAAACAUUACCAAAGUUUAUUAAAAGAAUUGUGAAAAAAUUCGAAUAUUUCACAUAAAGCGCCCACACGAAUGCAACCUUUGGCGAGUGUGACAGUAGACAAGAAACGAUAGCAGCGAUAGAGUGCAGUUAGCUUUUUUCCAUGGUGUGUUUGUGUUGUCCAAUAAAUCCAAGAAAUGGCAAAGUUUAACUUGCAGACAACUCCAUAAAAUUUAACUAAAAAUCUAAAUUUAUUUUUAACCAUUUAUAGAAUGAUAGUGCAUAAUCGCUGUGAACUUUUCUUUUCAUAUUGAUACAAUGAUUAGCUUGGAACACCGUCGCGAAAGUUACUGUUUGAAUCGUCAUCCUUAAUUUUUUCUUCGUCAGUCAAUGCGAUUUUUCACUCCUUCAUUACCUUUCAGUACUUCAUCCGCUCAUUAAUUUUUUUUUAUCUUGCACUCGGCCAUAAUUUUUUGAUUGUAUGUUCAAAAGUGCAGAGUUAAGAAAAUUGAAAUGAAACUAAAGUGAAAGAAAAAGCGAGAAGGAACGGCAAGACUAAUCAAACGACCGAGAGGCAAGUGGACGCAUUUCCUGCUCCACAAAAAGUUGAUUAAGAAAAAAAGAUAUAUUGGUUGAAAACUGAAAAGAAUUUAAUUAAAAUCGUGAAAGGUGUUGUUAGUUGUUAAAAAAAAUUACUUGUAAAAAGAGAAAAAGCUAGAACAGCACAACGAAAAAGCUGAAUUACAUUUACGGGAAUUGUCACCAGCUGCUGCUGUCGACCAAUUACGCUGACACUUGCAUUCCAAGUUUUGGAGACAACCAUAAACGGAAUGUAGCAGUUUAACCUCGGUAACAGCACAUAGGGAAAGGAAGGAGGUGGUAGUGUUUCUAAGAACCUCGUCUUUUAAAAUAUUGGCGCCCACAGUUGAACGCUUGCCGGUCAUCGACGCGCCUCAGUUGGGUAUCAUUCGUCCAACCAAUCGCAACUACACUCUAUACCAAUAUCCAUUUGCAGAGCUACAAAACGAAAAACAUCAACAACAGCAACAUCAUCAUCUCCCCAAACCGCUGCAGCAACGGAAAAAAAUGUCCAGCGAAGAGGACAAACCACCAGCGCCGCCUGUGCGUUUGACCAGCAAUCGCGGUGGCGAUCGUGUCGGCGGUAGUGCCAUCAACACGGGGGUUGGUGUAGGUGGUGCUGGUGAUGGACCACCCGUCGAUAUGCGCCCGUUGCCCAAAGAGCCAGAUGAUCCCGAUCGUAAGAAAAAGACACUAAAAAAUAAGAUAAAAGGUUCGAAGCCCUCGCAUACAGACUCUAAACCAAAUAUAUCUUAUCCCACAAAUUUCGAGCAUACCGUGCAUGUGGGCUUCGAUGCGAUCACCGGUGAAUUUACGGGCAUGCCGGAGGCGUGGGCGCGUCUACUGAUGAACUCCAACAUCAGCAAACAAGAGCAGAAGAACAACCCACAAGCUGUGCUGGAUGUUCUCAAGUGGUUUGACAAUACAACAAAGCAGCGGCCAAGUUCCAAAUACAUGACAAAUGCCAUUACGACGCAUUCAGGCUCCUCGCUAAGUCGCGUUAGCAGCAGCAGUCCUAGCAGCACACCAACAGACUCAGAGUUACACGCUUCGAAUAGUGGCGGCAAUUUGAUUGGCGUCAAUCUCAGCAAUCUAAGCCUUGGCGGUACAAAUGCGAAUACGAAUGCCAACACUGUCGGUUUGAUCGGUCAAUUGGGCGGCAGCAUUGGCGGUGGUAUCGGUGGUGUGGGGCCGACGGUACAUGGCAAUCACCAUCAGACACACAGUGGCGCUUUGAGUCAAUCACAUUCGUAUAAUUUUGGUGGAAAUACGGCCUCCUCAUCUUCGCAACAUUCGUCCGCCAAUGAAGAUGAUAUAUUGGGUGCGCCACAACCGGCGCCACCGCCGAUCGCAUCGCGACCCGAACGCACGAAAUCGAUCUAUACGCGUCCCAUUGAGGGGGCGGUGUCUGUGUCGGAGGGCAUUGAACAUUUGCGUGCGGUCACGCCAACCACGCCGCUACAACAACUGCAACAACAACAACAACAGCAGCUGCAACAACACCAACACCAGAACAAUGUUGCGCAACCGCAACAGCAACAAUACCGCACGCCGAAUAACGCAAUUGCGACAACCGCAGGCGUCGCCGCCACAGCUGCAGCAACAAGUGCGACAACAACAACCACGUUGGAUAAGAACAAAAAUAACGAAACAGCAGCAGCAAAGUCAGCAACAGCAACGUCCGAGUGCGUUGCGACUGCGCCGCCUCUGCCACAGCAAACUGUUGAGCCUGUCGCUACGCAUGCAUCGACAUCCAUUUGUAAUAUAACCGCAACGUUGUUGACUACGUCGACGACCAUUGCCAGUAAUCUUGAUAGCAAUACGAGUGUUAUUGGUGUCAUUGGUACUUGUUCUACUUCUAUCAUUACUGCUACUGCUACUGCUAGUCCUACUAACAUUGCAACAGUUGACACAACUACUACUACAACAACAAGAACAACAACAGCUACUAACUCCACUGCUAGCACUCAUUUGCAAUUUAUCGAUUGUAAUGCUACGACGACUAAUCACGAUUCUUCUGCUUCCUCCUUUUCAUCGUUUCCAUCAUUUAAUGACGAUGCGUCGCUGCUGCCACCCAUCUAUUGUCCAUCGGUGUCUUCCUCCAUCUGCGAAUCUGUGGCGAUGUCAACGCCACCACCACCACCCUUACCGACGCCUACUACCAUUACAACCACAACAAUAACACCGGCCACACCAAUCUCCGGUGGUGAACUAACAUCUGCCGCUGUACAAAUAUACGCCACACCGGUUGGUGGCGACACCUCGUCUGCAGACCUCUAUACUACCGAUCCAAACACGAAACGUUUGACGGGCUCACCAGCAGCAGUGCCACAACCGCAACAGGCGAACACGACACCAGCACAAUUGGUGACACCAUCAGCGGUGGCACCGAGCACGGCGGCUACAGCAGCUCCGCAGCCACGCUCAGGCACCGCCAAGAAGAAGAAAAUGUCCGAUGAAGAAAUAUUGGAGAAAUUACGCACUAUCGUUUCGGUUGGUGAUCCGAAUCGCAAGUACACCAAGAUGGAGAAGAUCGGACAGGGCGCAUCGGGCACGGUAUACACAGCGAUCGAGUCGUCUACCGGUAUGGAAGUGGCCAUUAAGCAGAUGAACUUAUCGCAACAACCGAAAAAGGAACUAAUCAUCAACGAAAUACUUGUUAUGCGAGAGAAUAAGCAUCCGAAUGUGGUGAAUUAUUUGGACAGUUAUUUGGUGUCCGAGGAAUUGUGGGUGGUGAUGGAAUAUCUGCCAGGUGGUUCGCUCACCGACGUUGUCACGGAGACGUGCAUGGAUGAGGGUCAAAUAGCGGCAGUUUGUCGCGAAGUGUUGCAGGCCUUGGAGUUCCUGCACUCCAAUCAGGUGAUACAUCGUGACAUCAAGAGUGAUAACAUACUGUUGGGCCUGGACGGCUCAGUGAAGCUGACGGAUUUCGGUUUCUGUGCGCAAAUCUCGCCAGAACAGUCGAAACGCACAACAAUGGUGGGCACACCGUACUGGAUGGCACCGGAGGUGGUGACGCGCAAACAAUACGGACCCAAGGUCGACUUGUGGUCACUCGGUAUUAUGGCUAUUGAGAUGGUUGAGGGUGAGCCGCCGUAUCUGAAUGAGAAUCCAUUGAAAGCCCUGUACCUCAUUGCCACAAAUGGCAAGCCAGAAAUCAAGGAGAAGGAGAAACUAUCGACAGUAUUUCAAGAUUUUCUAGAUCAGUGUUUGGAAGUCGAUGUCGAACGACGUGCAAGUGCACACGAUUUGUUGAAGCAUCCUUUCCUGAAAUUAGCACGUCCAUUGGCUAGCCUAACGCCUCUUAUUAUGGCCGCCAAAGAAGCCGCUAAAGGAAACUGAUUAAAGAAGAAGCAUUAAUUUAAUUUACAUAAAAGUGAUGAAAUUAGAACUUAACACACUUGAAAGAAAACAAAAAAACAAAUAUAUAUACAUACAUACAUUUAAACAAUAACAAUAAAACUAGGAACGAAAAUUAUGUAAUUCAUAACACCACGACACGAAGGCAACACGAACAGUUACACUUGCAUAGUUGCAGUUUAGACACGUAUUAAAUUGAUAUAUAUAUAUAUAUAUACAUAUAUUGAUCGUAUAUUUACGUUUUAUUAAGCGCAAAAUGAGAGCAAGGCACGCAAUCGUUUUAUUAUAGCUAUAUAGCAUAUAUAGUUUGUACCAUAAAUUGCGCGUGAGUUUCGAAAAUGGGCCAAGGUGUUGCAUAGCACACAGAAAUCAGCGUGUGGUAACGAUUGAAAUGUUUGGAGAAAACAAAUAUACGAAAUUGUAAUUAAUUUUCGUUUGGCAUUUGAUAUUGCUAUAUAAUGUAUAAAAAAGAAAUGUUACCGUAAUUAUUUAUAAAUUAGCGCGGCACAAGUGUUGCUGCUAUAUUAUUUUGAAAAUUAUCAUUGAAAAAAAAAUUGAUUGUUUCGUUGAAAACUAAAAUAUAUAAAAAAUCAUAUAAUGCAUUACUCGCACAUAUUCCUUGCAUUACGCGGGUGUUUUCAAAUGUAUUUUAAAUUCAUUGGAAGAAAUUAAGUUUUAUUUUUGUAGGUUUAACAUUUUAUAUCAGCUGGUUGGCAUUUAAAAUGUCUCCUUGCGUAAUAUUUUAUUUCAUUUCAUUUGAUUUGUAUUUAAAUUAAUUAUUGUUAUUAGUACUUUAACGUGAGAACGAUUACAUACAUACAUUUAACAGAGAAACUGAGACAAUUUUUGUAAGACUAUGUCAUUCUAAUUACAUACAAUUUAAUUAUAAUUAGCAUUUUAUACAUAAUUAUAAAUUAUAAUUAACGAAAGUUAAGUAAAGUAAACAAACAAACAAGCAAAAGUAACACCUUAAAACGCUCUACUACUUACUGACAACUUUAUUUAUAUAAUAUAUAUUUGUAACUAUAGAAAACUUCAAAGCAAAUUUGGUUUAUUUUUAUGUUGCUAAUAAGUGGCAGAAUUGAAUACUGUUACACAUUUAUUAUGAUGAGUUCUAAGUGACGAUUUUUAGUGUAGUCUUUUCAUAAGAAAAUCAAAGAUCCGAACGCAUUUGCUGGUGUAGCGCUUGAGUAUUGUUUAUUGAGUUUGAACUUGAAAAAUGAAUAUCAAAUAAUUUUGUAGUGAAGUAGCGUAAUAUCGGGCUGUCAAAAUUGUCUGAAAAUGAGUUUUGCUUGAUUCAAUCGCGACUCUAUAUAUUACAAGUUUACAGUUUGAUAGCUGCCUGUUCCCGCUUCUCAUUUAGUGGUUGUUGCUCUUACUAUUCUAGUUUUUGCCUGAUUUCUAAUCACAGAACACUAUACCUUAACGUACCUUAGCACUAACCCUUAACGUGGUUUGUAACAUCUAAAAAAACGUCGGAAAUCCUAUAAAGUAUAUUUACAAAUGAUCAGCAAGACGAACUGACUCAAUUUAACCAUGUUUUUCCGUAUAUAUGCAAACUAGCUUCUCACUUUUUUAUAUAUCGAACUAAUUUCAAUCAAUAUCGGAUCACUAUAGCGUGUAGCUGGCAUGCGAACAGAAAGAUCUAAAUCAUGUCCUUGUUUGGAGCAUCCUUCUAUUUGACAAGAUAUAUUGAGGAAAGUUGGCAGUAUAGCUGCCAUACAAACUUACCAAUCAAAAUCAAGUCCUUGUAUUGAAAGCUUUUUCAUUUAACAAGAUAUUUUCACGUAAUAAGGUGUAUAUAAAUUUCCAAAAAAUCUUCGCAGAAUUUGUUAAAAUCGUUCAAACCAAUCAAAAACAAGUUAUUUUAUGAAAACUUUUUUAUUUGCGAAGAGUAUUUCAGCUUCGGUGCAACUGCAGUUAAUUUGUUUCUUGUUUUUAAUUUAAAUUACAAAAUAUCGUCUUGAAAAUCAACGAGCUGAAAACCCAGAAUUAACAUUCUUUCUAUAAAACAAUAUUUAAUUUAGUAAAUUCAAUGAAGUUUUUAAUUUUUGUUUUUUUUUUCGAUUGUAACAUAUCGUUGCAUUUCGCUUUCUCAUCUGACAUAUUUUUAAUUGGGAAAGUCGCUAUGGUUUGUAUAUGACAUGACAGUAUAUUGAGAUUUUUUUAUUUACCACAUUCAAUAAGUAAGCACACAUUACUGAUAGUUUGUUUGUAUUUGCAAAAUACAAAAUUACUACAUUAAAGAAAGACACAAACACACAGACGAAGAUGAACGUCGGUAGAAAACUAUACACAAAGUAAAAUAAAACAACACCAACAAUAAUAAGAACAAAUUCAAUAGCGUUUAGUGAUUACUAAGUAAUAAUUAAUUUCGUAGAUCGAACUACCAUAAAAAAUGAAUAGUACUUAAAUACACAAAAAUACCGACAACAAACAAACCCAAAUAUGUAUGUUUGCAUAUUUGUAUUUAAUAAUAGUAGCACUUAGAACCUAAACGAAAUUAGGACUUGUAUGUAUAAAUAGUAUUUUUCCAAUUUGCAAGUGAGCCAACCGGCGCGACUUGUAUGUUAUAGGUAUGUGUGUGCGUUUGUAGCCAGAACAGGAAGUAUAAUUACAAACAGAUACUGCUAAUUAAAUCAAUAUAAAACAAAAAAAAAUACAACAAAAAUAUGCAAAUGAAAAAGUUGGAGCAAAGUUAAAAAAUUAACGGUGAUGGGUUGAAGAAUGUUGGCGAGCAAAUAAAAUAAUAAUAGAAAUCAUACUUUGUGCCUAACUGUAAAUUACUAAAAAACCAAACAAACAAAAAAGAAUAAAAAAUAUAACUAAAAACUGUAUGAAGCAAAAAAAUUUAAUUAAAACACAAAAACAAAUACACUCGACACUAUACUAUAAUAUACAAAUAUAUGUAGUAAACAACCAUAGACCACUGCAAACAAACAAUAGAGUACUAUAAAUAAUUGAAACAAUGAUUUUUUUUAUCCCAAUAAGGAAAAUUUAACUUUUAUUUCGUUAAAAUAAUUGAUAAAAAGUAUCUCAAUUUCAGAUUAAAGCAAAUCAUUGGCAGAGAUGGUAAGAUUUUAAAAUUAAAUUCUACUUAUUGUAAUAGUAACAAGAUUCUAAAGACUCGUGAAGUGGUUUGUAGGCAAAAGCACUGUAAAACUGUCGAAAUAUAUUUUAUGACACAAAUCAAUUGGCUUCCGACAGACGAGGGAAAGUAGACACGUACAUAAGUAUAUGUAUAUGAUUUAUCGUUUCAUUUUAUAAUGGAGUUCCUAGUUCCCGCCAUAAAAAUUAUGUUGAAGAAGUUUAUAUAAUUUCAAUUGGAGAAAAAACCUUGAUAAUAAAACCAUUUUCUUUUCCAAAUUUACAUGAAAAGAGGAAAGCAUAUUUGUUAACAUACAUACAAGCAUAGAUAUAAUAAAAAUGAUAUAAUAUGCACACUACAAUAGAACUGUAGUCAAAUAAAAAUAAAAAAAAACGAUUCGCUUAUAAAAAUUUAA